AUGGAAGUUACUGGUGAACAGUCGCGGACCGUCGACAAUGAUAUAAAUUUCAUUAUCUCGAAUAAAGGACAACCACUUUUAGUAAUGAAUCAAUAUGUAUAUAAAUGUAAUAAAAAAACUUCCAUUAAAAAAUAUUGGACAUGUAUAGUUAAGAAUUGCAACAUAUACGUUCAUACUGAUAUAAAUAACAAUUAUUUAUUUGGUGGUAAAAGUGAACAUGGUCAUUCACCAAAUCCAGAAUUUAUUGAAGUCAAAAAAACUCGUGAACAAAUAAAACAACGUGUAAUCAAUGAACAAACACCUAUUGGAAAAAUCUAUGACGAAGAGAUGUCAAAAACUGUUAUGAAUUCGGUAGCAAUAGCCAUAUUUCCAACAAUAAAUGAAAUUUAUCAUAGUGCCGCUAAAAAUCGACGUAAAGUGAUACCACCAAUACCAGAUUCAUUCACAUUUGAUAUUCCUGAAGAAUUCAAGUCAACUAUUGAAAACAAAAGAUUUUUAUUUUUUGAUGAAUGUCGUAUAAGACGUGAACGUUUGCUGCUUUUUGCAAGUGAUGUUCAGCUGGAUUUAUUAUUCAAUUCUUCAACAAUUUACAUGGAUGGCACUUAUAAAAAAGCUCCAGAUCAUUUUACUCAGAUAUAUAUAAUUCAUGUAGUUCAUUUCGAUAUCUGUGUGCCAUGCGUGUUUGGAUUGUUGUUGAACAAAAAAGCAUCAACAUAUAAAGUGAUUUUUAAUGAAUUAAAAAAUGCUGCUUUACAAAAAGGAAGUGUUUUUUCACCAAAAGUUAUCAUGACUGAUUUCGAGCCUGGUGCGAUUUCUGCAGUAAAAGAUGAGUUUCCAGCAGCCAAACAUAUUUGUUGUUAUUUUCAUAUGUGUCAAGCUGUGUACAGGCGGAUUCAACAACUUGGAUUGCAACAACAAUAUAUGAUUGAUGAUACAUUACGUGCUUUAUGUAGAAAGUUGAUGGCUUUGCCAUUAAUGCCACAUGAUAAAAUUGUAUAUGGGUUUGAUGAAAUACGUGAAGCAGCUGAUUAUUUACCCGGUAAACCAAUGAUUCAACUGUUGCAAUAUUUUGAUAACAAUUGGAUGUCAGAUAUCAAUCUUUGGAAUGUAUUUGGGUUGGAUAGUAGAACCAACAAUGUUUGUGAAGGAUAUCACAACCGAAUGAAUUCCCGUAUUUAUCGUCAUCAUCCAAAUAUUUGGGAUUUAAUCAAUUUUAUGAAAGCUGAAGAAAAACGUGUACAAAACAUUAAACUUCAAUGGUCUUCAGGUGCAUCAAAACCAAAAAACAAACGAACAACAACAUUACAAAAUCGAAUAAACAUGUUAUAUGAUCGAUAUCGUGACUACCUCAUUACAGCAUCUGAUCUCCUCAAUGGUUUGUCUUUAUUUGUGGCAAAAAAAGUAUGA